CUGUGUAGUAACCGCUAAACCCGUUAGGAGGGGUGUUGAAAAGGUGAGCGAACUUCGUCGAUUCAACUUCAAGCGACCAUACCCUACAAUUGGGGAAGUAAAGCGUAGGAUGGAUUUGUGCCAUUUCGCCGGUUCAACUGUUUAGCGAGCGUGUGUGUGCGGUUUUUUUUUAUCAGCAACUGCAGUUUUAUCGUGUGUUCGAGUGUGAUGCAUUGAUUGAAUUAACUCUGACCAAUUGUUUAAACUUUUAUUACAAAGUUUUUUAAAAACAAAACGUAUUUUUAAAUUUUAAUUUAUCGCAAAUUUUUUUUUCAUCGCACCUUAUGGACUUGUUAAUCUACUUUGUUUCCCAGAAGAAGAUGUAAGAACAUUGAAUCCUGUUUGCUUUUUAUCAUUGAUAACGGUAUUCUUCAAUUGUGAUCAUGGGGUUGAUAACGACCACCACGACGACCACGACGACCAUAAAUGACACUGCGAUAUCACUGCAGGAAAAACAAUACUUGAAUGAAAAAAAUUGCAGUGCUCAUGACAUGGAUCAGCAUGAAUCAUUGGUUACAUAUCAAGGGUGCCCUCCGAUCGACAUUGAAUUCGUUGAUCUUACGUAUACGGUGCCUGUCGGAAGAAACGACUCGAAAGUACUUUUAAGAAGUGUCAGUGGCUUAUUCAAGUCGAAUCAGUUGACCGCUAUCAUGGGUUCAUCAGGAGCUGGCAAAAGUACACUACUAAAUGUUCUAGCUGGAUAUAAAACCGGCCAAUCAAACGGUACGAUAUUAAUCAACGGAGAAUCUAGGGACUUGAAUAAAUUUCGUAAACUUUCGCGUUACAUUAUGCAAGAAGAUUUAUUACAACCAAAGAUGACAGUAUUUGAAAAUAUGAAAAUAGCAGCCCACCUGAAACUAGGUACAACCGUAUCAUCCAAAGAGAAGUACAGAAAAAUUGAAGAAAUAAUGACUAUGUUAAGAUUAACCAAAACCAAAAAUACGAUGACCCAUUGUCUUUCGGGUGGUGAAAGAAAACGACUGUCAAUUGCUUUAGAAUUGGUUAACGAUCCACCGGUGUUAUUUUUAGACGAGCCUACUACAGGUUUAGACGAUGUUGCCAGUGUGCAAUGUAUAUCGUUGCUGCAAAUGAUCGCUAAAGGAGGCAGAACCGUGAUUUGUUCUAUACAUACGCCAAGUGCCAGGAUAUUUUCUACCUUCGAUCAUGUUUAUAUUAUGGCUGAAGGGCAGUGUGUAUAUGCUGGCCUAGGAGAUGACGUUGUUCCUUUCUUGGCCACAUUAGGAUUGAAUUGUCCAAUUCAUUAUAAUCCUGCUGAUUUUGUGAUUGAAGCUAUUAAUAGAGAAUAUGGAGACCAUACUGAAAGAAUGAUAAUGGCUGUUGAAAAUGGUCGUUGCUAUAGAUGGAAUAAACCUAUAUCAAGCUACAAAAGUGCUCUUUGUGAUAAUGAUUCAAAAUCAUCAGCUGAGAUGUUGAAUGAUAAUUUUUCAAAGCAUUUAUAUGAUUUUAACAGUUCUGGGUGGUUGCAAUUUAACAUCCUCGUAUAUAGGAUGUUUUUACAAAUGUGGCAUGAUAGAGCUUUCAUUUUACUUAAAGUGAUAAUGUACAUAUUUGUCGGUGUUGCUAUCGGUGGUAUGUAUUUUCAAUUCGGAAAUGAUGCCUCGAAAACAAUUUUCAAUUUUGGUUUCUUUUUUGUCACUAAUAUUGUAUUUUUGUACGUUCCAAUCCUACCCAUACUUUUAAACUUUCCUAUGGAAGUUCAGCUUCUAAAAAGAGAAUACUUCAAUAGAUGGUAUGGCCUGAAUGCUUAUUUUUGUGCACUCACUUUUUCAAGAACAGCAUUACAGGUAUUAUUAUCAUCAUUUUACAUUGUUAUCACGUAUAUAAUGACUGACCAGCCGUUAGAAUUUGGUAGAUGGGUAAAAUUUUGUAUAAUCUGUAUUCAAAUUGCUGUCAUAUCCGAAAGUCUUGGUUUUGCUAUAUCAGCUCAAUUGAACGUGGUGAACAGUAUAUUCGUUGGACCAGCGUUAUCAGUUCCUUUCAUGUUACUAGCAGUUUAUGGCUUAGGAACCGGUUCGGAGCAUAUACCAAUUUUUAUCCGAAUAGCGAUGUACUUUAGUUACCUGAGAUACGGCUUAGAAGGCUUAGUUAUGGCCGUUUAUGGUAACGGCAGGAAAAAGAUGAUAUGUCCACCAACGAAAUCGUUUUGCGAAUUAACGUAUCCAGACGAAUUACUUCGUCAAGUUGGCAUGGAACAUGUUAGUUAUUGGAUCGAUGUUAUUGCUUUGACCGGUAUCUUUAUCGGAUUUAAAUUACUGUGUUAUGUUUUAUUGAGAAUGAGGUUAUCGACCACUCCGUCCAAAAUUGCAUUGAGCUUUAUCGGUCGAUUUGUUAAAACACAUUUUACAUUGACUAGAUAAAUAAUUUUUGUUACUUAUUUAUUUUAUAAAUACGAUCUGUUUGCGUUAAUGUUGAUCUUGUUUACCAUUUAAAUUUUUAUUUUCUUUUGUCAAUUUUAUGUUAUUUGAAGAAUACAUUUUAUCUUGUGUACUACCAAUAAUAAACGAAGAAUCAUUUGUGUGA